UCUGUCCCUUCCCUCUCCAGCCCCCAGCGGGGAGAACCGUGAGGAACACCAGGGCGGUUGAAUGGAGAAACUGCUCCCGUGGGAUCACGACAGGUCAGGAGAGGAAGGGCUGGGAAACCAGAGCUGUAUGACACGCGUGCUGCUCCUGCCACACGGACAGCGGCACCGCGCUGCCGCCCCCGCUCCGCACACGUCCCGCUUCUGAAGGGCACGCCGGCGGGCUGAGGGCGGGGCAAGGGGGCGUGCCCGGAGCGGCGGCGAGCUGCGAUUGGCCGGCUGCGGGCGGCACGUGCUGCCGCGAGGCCGCGUCCGGGCGCCGCGGUGCCGCCGGAGCCGUUGCCGCCGUUGCCGUCGGGGCGAGCGGUCGGUGCGAGAGAGAGAGAGCGGGAGUGCGGGGCUGGCGGAGCCGGCAGCAGCCCUGCCUGCGGACGCGGACACAGCGCCAUGUGCGGGAUCAGCUGCGGGCCCUGCUGCGGACGGGCUCGGAACUUCUCCUUUCGGAAUCUGUCUGUUUGGAGAUGUUGGAGGAGACCAAGGAGGAGGACACCCAGGAGGAAGACACGCGAGGAAGAUGUGGAGUCUCUGCACAGCCUUGAAGAGACUCUGACCAAGCCAACCAAGGAAGAUGUGGAGAGUCCAGAGCGCAUUGAGGAGAGUCCAGAGCGCACUGAGCACACUCUAAGCAAGACAAGAGAGGAAGAUGUGGAGACUCCAGAGCACAUUGAGGAGAGUCCAGAGAGCACUGAGCACACUCUAAGCAAGACAAGAGAGGAAGAUGACGAGACUACAAGCAAGACAGCAGAGGAAGACGCAGAGACUCCAGAGCGCAUUGAGAACAGUCUAAGCAAGAUAACACAGGAAGACGCAGAGACUCCAGAGCACAACGAGGAGAGUCCAAGCAAGAUAAGAGAGGAACACGUGGAGACUGCAGAGUGCACAGAGGAGACUCCGAGCAAGCCAGCUGAAGAAGACAUGGAGACUCCACAGAGCCUGGAAAAGAAUGUGAGGAACCAACCUGGGGAAGAUGUGGAGGUUCCACAGAGCGUUGAAGAGAGCACAACUGAGGAUGGAGCUGAGGAAGCACAAGAAGGCGCUGUUGACUGUGACACCCUGAGAAGAGCGCAGAUCCAGCAGCCUGCCAGUGAAGGAGCAAGAUGGCUCGGGGCUGAAGGGGACCAGUUACCCGCAGAACACACUGUCAGCCCGCACGAGACGUGCAAAAGCAGGGCCCUGAAAGCUGGAACUUUGGAAAAGCUGGUGGAGACGCUUCCGACGGCAUUUGCAGAUAAUGAUUUUACAUACAUUAACAUCUUCCUCUCAACGUACAGGGCCUUUGCUUCCACCAGCACAGUCCUGGAGCUGCUCCUGGACAGAUACGGAAACCUGGAGACCUCGGGCUCUGAAGAAUGUGGAAACCAGAGUUCGCCCGAAUCCAGCACAGUGCUCAGGACUGCGAUCGCAUCGAUUUUACAAGCCUGGCUCGACCAAUGUGCCGAGGAUUUCCAAGAGCCGCCCGACUACGUGUGUCUGCUGAAGGUGCUGAGUUACCUGAAGAAGAACAUGCCCGGCUCUGACCCGGAGAAGAGGGCGCAGAGCCUCCUGGAGCAGUUCCAGAAGGAAGAACUGGAGAAUGAUGACGCGUUCCACAGCCUUUCUCCCUGCAACCUGGAUGACGACGAGGAACGGGACAUCAGCGGUGCAGGAGAAUUCUCAUUGUUCCAGGAAGACCUGGUGGCAGAACAGCUGACAUACAUGGACGCGACACUCUUCAAGAACGUUGUGCCCCACCACUGCCUGGGCUGCAUCUGGUCCCGCAGGGACAAGCAAGAGAACAAACAGCUGGCACAGAGCAUCAGAGCCACCAUCUCGCAGUUCAACGCCGUCACCAACUGCGUGGUCAGCACCGUCCUACAGACCAGAGAACUAACGCCACGGCAACGAGCGAAGAUCUUGGAGAAGUGGAUCCGUAUCGCACGUCAAUGUAGGAUCCUGAACAGCUUUUCGUCUUUGAAGGCCAUUGUUUCCGCCUUGCAGUCCACCUCUGUUUAUCGCCUGAAGAAGACCUGGGCCUGCGUUCCAAAGGACAUAAUGCUGAUGUUCGAAGAUCUUUCAGAAAUAUUCUCCGACUGCGACAACUUUGCGACGAGCAGGGAGCUGCUGAUGAAGGGAGUCACACAGGGCACGGUACCUUACCUGGGUACCUUCCUCACAGACCUCGUCAUGCUGGACACAGCCCUUCAGGACUAUCUCGAGGGCGGCCUGAUCAACUUUGAGAAGCGGCGAAGGGAAUUUGACGUAAUCGCCCAAAUUAAGCUCUUGCAGUCCUCAUGUAACAGCUAUUGCAUGACACGAGAUGAGAAAUUCCUGCAGUGGUUUAGGAGGCAGCGGCAUUUAAGUGAUGAGGAGAGUUUCCAUCUUUCACGGGAAAUUGAAGCAGCUGCUGACAAGAGCAUCGCAUCGGGCAGAGCUCAGAAGAGUGCGCUGAAGAGAUUCAGCCUGCCGUUCCUGGGCUUGGGGGUGAGCGCCCACAGCGCACCCGUCAACGCGCAGCCCAAACCUGCUCCAGGUGGGAGCUCUGGGGACAGCACCGUCACCAUCGUCCCUCCCACCGACACUGCUGAGGAGCCUCAGCACAAGUGCUCCAAGAAGUGCCCCGACUCUGUGACUCCCAUUACCGCUAAGGAAGCACCUCCAGUGCUGCCACUUUACAACCACCAGAACGGAGAGAGCUGCGUCAUCCGGACCAGCGUAGAAGAGGACAGCAGUGGCAACAUCUACAAGAGCAUCCUGCUGACUAACCAAGAGAAGGCUCCUGCUGUCAUCCAGAGAGCCCUGGAGAAGCACAACCUGCAGUGUGGCUCGGCUGAGGAUUACGAGCUGGUACAGAUCAUCUCCGAGGACAAAGGUGGGGAAGCAGAACUCUGCUGCUGCUGCUCGAACAGUUCUGCUGCAUUUUGACGGCAAGAGUGACACGCGAAGCGACGUCAGAAGCGCCACGGACACGUUGUCACAGCUGCCGGUGAGAAUAAACCCCUGAGGCUGAGUGGUGCGCCAACUGACGCUGGCUCUGCUCCCUCUCUUGCAGAGCUGGCGAUCCCACCCAAGGCGAACGUGUUCUACGCCAUGAACACCCAGGCCAACUUCCAUUUCAUCCUGAGGAGAAAAGCUGCAGCACAGGAGGAGCCUGCGCCUCAUAGACGUUAAUGGUUGAGCUUUGUAUCGUCUUUGAGCUUUGUAGAUUUACUGUUUAUAGUGUAAGUGUGUAAACUUCUUUUCCCCCAGUUUUAGUCUGGAGUUAAUGCAUUUUAAUAUGUGACCUGUAUAUAAUGUUUAAGCUUUGUAUAUUAUUUAAUAUUUAUGUUACAGGUAUAUUAACUUGUUUCCAGUUUUGUCUGCAGUUAAUGUAUUUUAACACUUGAUGUUUUUAUCCUAUUUAAUCUUUACAUACUGCUGUAGAAACAUUCAAUACUAUAUAACCUUUUUUCCACUAAUUUCUGCUUGCAGUGACUAUAUUUAAAUAGCUUAGCUUUAUAGAAUAUUUGAGCUUUGUACAAUAGUUAAUAUUUGUAGAAUAAGUACAUAAACUCUUUUCUACCAGUUUUAGUCUGGAGUUUAUGUAUUCAAAGGUUUUAUCUUUAUAUAAUAAUUAAUAUUUAAUAUUCUUAUUUAUUUUAAUUUAAUGUACUAAUAUGUAAUCUUUAUUGAAUAUGUACAUAGACCUUCCCCAAUACUUUUUUCUGAAGUUAAUAUAUUUUAAUACUUGAUCUGUAUAGAAUAUUUGAGAUUUGUAUAGUAUUUAAUAUUUAUAUAAAAAGAACAUAAACAUUUUUUUCCACGAGUUUUACUCUGGAGUUCAUAUAUUUAAAGGUUUUAUCUUUAGAUCGUAUUUGAGCUUUAUAUAAUAUUUAAUAUUUAUUUAAUAUUUUUAUUUAAUAUACUAACAUUUAAUCUUUAUUUAAUAUGUACAUAGACCUUCCCCAAUAAUUUUUGUCUGGAGUUGAUACAUUAUUUCAUCUUUAUAUAAUAUUUGAUCUUUGUAUAAUAGUUAAGAUUUAUAUGAUAAAUAUAUCAACUUUUUUCAACCACUUUUUGUCUGGAGUUAAUAUAUUUUAAUGUUUGAUCUGUAUAUAGUGUUUGAGCUUCAUAUUAUAUAUAUAUAUAUGUAUAUGUAUAUAUAUAUAUAUAUAUAUAUAUAAAAUAAAUAUAUAAACUUUUUUCCACCAUUUUUUUCUGGAGUUAAUAUAUAUUAAUAAUUGAGCUUUAUAUAAUACAUCAUCUUUAUUUAAUAUUUAUAUAAUAAAUACUUGAACUUUUUCCCACCAAUUCUUGUCUGGCUUUAAAAUAUUUUAAUAUUCGAUCCUUAUGUAAUAUUUAGUCUUUAUAUAUAUGUAACAUUUCUAUAAUAAAUAUAUAAACUUUUUUCCACUAAUUUUUGUCUGGAGUUAAUAUAUCUUAAUAUUUGAUCUCUAUAUCACAUUUAAUCUUUAUAUAUUAAUUAAUGUUUCUAUAAAAGUAUGUACACUUUUUUCCACUAAUUCAUCUCUUGAGUUAAUAUAUGUUAAGAUUUGAGCUGUUAUAUAAUACAUAAUCUUUAUUUAUAGAAUAAAUAUGUGAACUUUUUUCCCACCAAUUCUUGUCUGGCUCUAAAAUAUUUUAAUAUUCGAUCCUUAUGUAAUAUUUAGUCUUUAUAUAUAUGUAACAUUUCUAGAAUAAAUACGUAAAUGUUUUUCCACUAUUUUUUGUCUGGAGUUAAUAUAUUUUAAUAUUUGAUCUUUAUAUCAUGUUUCAUCUUUACAUAUUGUUUAAUGUUUCUAUAGAAGUAUGUAAACUAUUUUCCACCAGUUUUUGAUCUGGAGUUAAUAGAUAUUAAUAUUUGAGCUUCAUAUAAUACAUCAUCUUUAUUUAAUAUUUAUGUAAUAAAUACUUGAACUUUUUCCACCCAUUUUUGUCUGGAGUUAAUAUAUAUACAUUAAUGUUUGAUUUUGCGUUCUAUUUAGUCUUUAUCUAAUAUUUAAUAUUUAUAUAAUAAAUAUGCAAACGUUUUUCCACCAAUUCUUGUCUGGAGUUAGUAUGUUUUAAUGCUUGAUCUUUAUAUCAUGUUUGAGCUUUGUAUGAUAUUUAAUGUUUCUAUAAUAAAUAGAUAAACUCUCUCCCACUAAUUUGUGUCUGGAGUAGGUUAAUGUAUUUAAAUAUUUGAUCAUUUUGUAACAUUUACUCUCUAUAUAACCUUUAAUGUUUCUAUAAUAAACAUGUCAGCU